AUGGCCUUGAGGAGAAUGCGAAGAACUUUUGGAUUGCCAAAAUUGAGUUUCUCAUUAACUUUGUUUUCAGGUCCCUUCACGCAGCGGGUUUUGCUAACUUUGGAGGAAAAGAAACUCCCAUAUGACCUGAAGCUCGUUGAUUUUGCUAACAAACCGGAAUGGUUCUUAAAACUAAGUCCAGAAGGUAAAGUUCCUCUGCUAAAGCUUGAUGAGAAGUGGAUUCCAGAUUCAGAUGUUAUCACACAGGCACUGGAAGAGAAGUUCCCUGAACCCCCAUUGGCAACACCCCCUGAGAAGGCUUCAGUUGGCUCAAAGAUUUUCUCCACAUUUAUUGGUUUUCUGAAGAGCAAAGACCCCAGCGAUGGAACAGAGCAGGCCUUGCUUGAUGAGCUGACAGCUUUCAAUGAUUAUCUUAAAGAAAAUGGUCCGUUCAUCAACGGGGACAAGGUAUCUGCUGCUGACUUUUCGCUUGGGCCGAAGCUAUACCAUUUAGAGAUUGCUUUGGGGCACUAUAAGAAGUGGUCAAUCCCGGAUUCACUUCCCCAUCUAAAGACAUAUAUGAAGACUAUAUUUUCAAUGGAUUCCUUCAUCAAAACACGGGCUCAAACAGAGGAUGUAAUUGAGGGUUGGAGACCAAAAGUCAUGGGUUGA